AGAGAGCUUUAGGAGAGUGAGAAGAGGAGGAGGAGAGUCGGGAGCGCGCCUCUCGGGAGCGCGCCCCAAGCCCAGCCCCGCGCCUUUGCCUCAGUCUUGCCCUCUCCCCCAAAGGAAGAAGAAGACCAUGUCAGGUCCUGGGCGCCCUCCGCGGAUCCUGCAAAGCUGCUGAGAAGAAGAGGAGGAGGAGGGGGAUGAAGAAGAGGAGGAUGAAGGAGAGCCCCGGGCCUUCCAUGCUGCUGCUGCUCCUCCGGCUGACGCUGCUCCUCUUCCUCCUGGGAGACGCCGACGCCGCGGCUUGCCAUGGAUGCUCCUCUGGAUCCAAAUGUGACUGUAGUGGACAAAAAGGAGAGAAAGGCGAGAGAGGAUUCCCGGGUUUAGAAGGACAACCAGGUUUACCAGGAUUUCCUGGACCAGAAGGACCACAUGGGCCAAGAGGCGAAAAAGGAGAUGAUGGACUUCCAGGACCAUCUGGACCCAAAGGAAUUCGAGGCCCUCCAGGUCUACCGGGCUUUCCAGGAACACCGGGGCUUCCUGGGCUUCCAGGCCAAGAUGGGCCCCCAGGACCUUCCGGUAUCCCCGGAUGCAACGGGACAAAGGGGGAACGUGGUUUUCCUGGCAGCGUAGGUGUCCCCGGUUCACAAGGCCCCCCUGGCCAACCUGGCUUACCAGGAAUGAAGGGCGAACCAGGUGAAAUUAUAACAUCCUCGCUACCAGGACAGAAAGGCGAACAGGGAUAUCCAGGUCUUCCAGGGAUAACAGGCCCACCAGGUCCCGUUGGAGCAUCAGGUCCCAUUGGUCCUCCCGGGCCACCAGGUUUGACGGGUGUUCCUGGCCCACCAGGAUUACCAGGCUCAAAGGGCAACAUGGGCCUGAACUUCCAAGGACCUAAAGGAGAAAAGGGUGACCAGGGUCUUCAAGGUCCUCCAGGGCCACCAGGACAAAUAGGCGAACAGAAGAGACCAAACGACGUAGAAUUUCAAAAAGGAGAUCAGGGUGCUCCAGGUGAGCGUGGCCCUUCAGGACCACCUGGGCUACCAGGUCCUCCUGGCUUUCCCGGUGGUGGAAAAGGUGAAAAAGGUGAGCAAGGAGAACCAGGCAAAAGAGGAAAAACUGGCAAGGAUGGAGAAUUGGGGCAGCCUGGAUUACCUGGCAUACCUGGUAAUCGUGGUGUCCCAGGAUUUCCAGGACGAGAUGGGGAAAAGGGUCAGAAAGGUGAUGCUGGUCUUCCCGGCCCUCCUGGACUUGUGAUUCCUAGACCAGGCACGGGGGCAACGGUGGGACCGAAAGGAAGCAAAGGUUUGCCUGGGUUUCCCGGAGAAAAAGGCGAGCGCGGCUACCCCGGUCUGGAGGGUCCCCCCGGCCUUCCAGGUCCCCCAGGAAUUCCAAGCAUAGGACCUCCUGGACCACCAGGUCUUUCUGGAGAAAGAGGUCAAAAGGGUGAUCAAGGUCCUCCUGGUAUUUCCAUCCCUGGUCCUCCUGGAAUAGAUGGCCGACCUGGAUCCCCUGGUCCACCAGGCCUACCCGGCCCACCAGGAACAACAAUUCCACCAAUUGGUAUGCUGUGUGAACAAGGACCUCCUGGCCCACCAGGCCUUCCGGGGCAACAAGGAUUUGUGGGAGAGAGAGGCCAGAAAGGAGACAAAGGGGACACGUGUUUCAACUGCAUAGGAAGUGGCAUACCUGGACCGCCAGGGGAGAAGGGACAACCUGGUUUACCUGGCAGCCCAGGUUCUCCUGGUUUCACAGGGCCAAAAGGUGACAAAGGAUUCCCUGGCAUAAUUGGCCUGGUUGGGCCCCCAGGUCUUCCUGGCGUGCAAGGGCCUCCUGGGCGUGUGGGUGCCAAAGGCGAUCCAGGUGAUGUCCUUGCUUUUCCUGGAAUGAAAGGUGAAAAAGGAGACCCAGGCUUCCCAGGCCCUUCAGGGCUGCCCGGUUUAGAUGGGACACCUGGAAAAAAUGGACUGCCAGGAUCUCCUGGGCCCAAGGGAGAGCCAGGAGGGAUCAACUACAAAGGAGAAAGGGGCCCCUCUGGCGAUCCAGGACUUUCUGGACCUCCAGGGGAUCGGGGGCCGUCAGGACCCCCUGGAUUUGGCCCCCAGGGUCCCCCAGGAGAGAAAGGCAUCCAGGGGGUCUCAGGUCGCCCAGGACCCCCCGGAGUCCCAGGACCCAAAGGAGAACCUGGUCAAACUAUCACAGAAUCAGGGUCUCCUGGUAUCCCUGGCCCCCCAGGAAGGGAUGGUGAAAUUGGCCUUCCAGGUGACCCAGGUUCUCCAGGGCAGCCAGGAUUGCCAGGAGUCACCGGGCAAAAAGGUGAAAUGGGAUUACCUGGCAUUGGACUUCCAGGCCCACCCGGGCCCAAAGGUUUCCUGGGAUUGCCUGGUCUCCCAGGACCACCUGGAGCCCCUGGAAGACCAGGCCAAGAUGGGCCACCUGGGCCACCCGGAAUAGCAGGACUGAAGGGGGAUCGUGGCUUUGGUGUUCCAGGGCCAGCUGGGCCCCCCGGACAGCCAGGCCUUAAAGGGGCACAAGGUCCUAGAGGUGACCCUGGGUUUUCAGGGAGUCCUGGGAUCCCAGGACGCACAGGUUUUGAUGGAACUCCAGGACUUAAAGGUGACCCUGGGCCCCGUGGCCAGCCAGGCUUGGUAGGAUCUCCAGGCGUCCCAGGAAUCGGUGAACAAGGCCCACCGGGUGCACCAGGACCCCCAGGACCCGUGGGUCCCCCAGGAUUGCAAGGCGUGCCAGGAGAAAAGGGAGACCCAGGUCCACCCGGGUUCGACGUUCCUGGUCCUCCAGGUGACAGAGGCAGCCCAGGUUUCCCAGGAUCACCUGGUCUCCCAGGGCCUCCAGGUCCACUUGGGCCACCUGGACGAGAUGGAAUGCCAGGAUUACAAGGUGGCAAAGGCGAGAUGGGCGUGAUGGGGGCACCUGGACCACCAGGUUCUCCUGGAACCCCUGGAAGGAGUGGUCUUCCUGGUGCAAAAGGCAAUGAUGGCUUACCUGGCCAAAUGGGCCGUCCUGGAUCUAUAGGGCAAAAAGGCAGCAAAGGAGAGUCAGGCCUUCCUGGACUUCCAGGGAAAAUCGAUCUAGACCGGUUGGGCUCCAAAGGAGAAAAAGGAGAGCCGGGAACUCCAGGUAUGCCCGGCCCAACGGGGCUGAAGGGCUAUCAAGGCAUCCCAGGUGACCCAGGGCCUCCAGGACUAGUUGGGCAGCCGGGAACACCGGGACUUCCAGGUCCCAAAGGUGAUCGAGGAUUAUCUGGGCCCCCUGGGCCAACCGGCCCCCCGGGACAGAAAGGUUCCAGUGGUGAAAUGGGUCUGCCAGGUCCCCCCGGUGCAAAAGGUUUGCAAGGCAUCGCGGGACGUCCUGGGCAACCUGGUUCGCCUGGACUUACCGGACUGAAGGGAGACAAAGGCAACCCUGGAUUUUCAGACAUCAGCAUUCCGGGUCCACGGGGCCCAAAGGGAGACGCAGGGCCACCUGGCUACCGAGGGAGUCCCGGUGUCAAAGGGACUCCUGGUAAUCCUGGUUUACCAGGUUUGUCUGGUAACCCAGGUGCAAAAGGUGAAAUGGGCCUCCCCGGCUUCCCAGGGACGCCAGGUAUUCCCGGACCAAAAGGUAUUGAUGGACCUCCAGGUAACCCAGGUGUGCCAGGAUCACCAGGGCUUCCAGGUGAACCUGGUCGUUCUGGACCUCCAGGUUCUCCAGGGGAGAAAGGACAACCUGGACAAGAUGGCAUUCCUGGGCCAGCAGGACAGAAGGGUGAACCAGGUCCACCAGGAUUUGGUCGUCCCGGACCUCCAGGACUCCCAGGACUAUCAGGUCAAAAGGGUGAAUUAGGGUUGCCUGGGCCCCCAGGUUCACCGGGCCCCACUGGUCUGAAGGGGGAGAUGGGUCCCCAAGGGUUUCCUGGUCUACAAGGUCCAUCUGGCCCCCCAGGACUCCCAGGGCCAGCUUCAGAAGGACCAAAGGGCAGCCCUGGACCGCCGGGCAUGCCAGGGAGGCCAGGUGCCACAGGUUAGCUCAUUAACUCUAGAGUCAUAACUUUGCAUGGACUUGGAUGUACUACUUGGAAGGAGAAAAUAAAUGUCUUGUUUUCAAAGGCUGUAUAUGCCAAGCCAUUAAUCUUACAUAGAUUCAUCUCUAGUCACUGAAAACAUUCAAUAUAACCAGUGCUUCCCAACCUGUGCUCCGUAGACCACCAGUGGUCUGCAAGAAUUAAAAUGUGGUCCGCAGCCUACACUGUUGCAAUGAGAGCAACUGGUCUCAUGAAACCCUCUUAUAGUGCUGAGGCUUAUUAAAUAUGUUUUUUUGUGGGUGAGCAGAUGGCCAUUACUGGAUGGCAUAUGUUCUGUAUCAGAAACUAGAGCUGAUGUGGUUUAUCCAAUGCAGUUUUCUGAAUCAGCACCCCAGAUAACCAAACCAAAUCUAAAGUUGGCCAAAAACUGAUUCAUAGGACUUUUGGUACUAAUGUUGGAGAAUGGUCCCGGUCAAAGAAAGGUUGGGAACUACUGAGUAUAACCAAAUGCAUGAUAUGGCAGUGUAGAUGGGAUCUUACUUAGGAGUGAGUCUUCUGAAGUGCAUUCGAGCUUAAAGUAGACCUGCAGAGGAUUGCACUGUAAGAAGGGCUUUCCUUCUCACCUCAAAGCGUUUGUUCUGAUUUAGUGAUCGUUUUUGUUUCUCUACUAAUGUAAGGUUACUUAAGCUAAUUAUAAGAUUUUCCAUACCCUUCCAGAGAAUAGGAGUGACUUGGCAUAUGCAACUGUGUUGUGUGGAUUGAAACACAGAUUUGAAAGUUUGCUAUGAUGUCUUUUAAAGACAAAAAGACAUAGAAUCAUAGACUUGGAAGAGACCUCAUGGCCAUCCAGUCCAACCCCCUGCCAAGAAGCAGGAAAAUCACAUUCACAACUUCAAGGGGAGAGGAAUAGUUUAAAAUUAAGACAUUGCAUCGAUUCUGCAGUCAUCUGUAGUUCAAUAAAUUCACAGUUUAGUGGUAGAUAAGAAGAAAGAAAAAUGAAGACCACACUCAUUCUUAAAAUGUCCUUCAUAAUCCGCAGUGUUGAUGCAACAUUGGACCUUUCCUUAUUUGAAGUCAUAGCAAACGUUUCUAUCUGUUUUAUCAUAGACUGUUCAUGCUAGUCUCACCUUUUGUUUACCAAUGUAGUGUGCUAAUGUAGGCAUAUCAUUAGCCAAGGAUGUAAAGGAAAGACAGAAAGAGAGAUUUAAAAAGUGUGUGUAUGUUUAACUUAACGUUGCAUGGAAUUGUAAUAUUUCUGAAACAUUUCACUGACACGUUCUAUGCAGAGGACAUGAGAAAUGCUUCGCUUUACCUGACCACUGCCCCAGAGCAAGCAUUGCAUUCAAAUUCAAAGAAUUUUAGAACCUUAGAGUUGGAAAGGACUGCAGGAGCCAUGAAGUCCCAACUUCGUGGCUCUUGCAGGAAUAUACUGAAAGUUGUCCAUCCAACUUCUGUUGAAAGACCUCCAAAGAAAGAGUCCACCAGAUUCAGUUGCAGUCUAUCCUACUGUCAAUAAUAAUAAUAAUAAUAAUAAUAAUAAUAAUAAUAAUAAUAAUAAUAAUAAUAAUAUACUUAUUAUUAAUAAUAUACUUAUAAUAAUAAUAUAUGAAAUCCAGCAUAUCUAUCUUGUUUGCUGUGUCAUAAUAAAAAUAUACUUUAUUUAUAUUCUGCUCUAUCUCCCCGGGGGGACUCAGUGUGGAUUACAGAACACAUAUACGACAAAUAUUCAAUGCCAUUAUACAAUCAACAAGGACAGACAAUACAUAAACAGAGAUAAAGGCUUUUCCCAUCUUUCCCAUUUCCAGCAUCUGGAGGCUAUGCUGGACUCCGGCCACGGGGGAGUGUGCUGUCGCCUCAUCUUCUGUACUGAGGAGCUUUGUCAUCCUUAGAUAUCCUCCCGAUUGAAUUACCAGGAUGUCCUUAUGGGUGCCUUUUAUUAUCUUCCCGCUUAAAGCGGUACUUAUUUCUCUACUCACAUUUCUGUUUUCGAUCUGCUAGGUGGGCAGGUAGUUGGGGCUGAUGGCGGGUGCUCACCCCAACCCAGGCUUGAACUGCUAACCUUUUGAUCAGUAGGAUUUUCUGCAACUUAGCCAUUUAACCCACUUUGCCAAGCUCGGCCCCAACAGUCUUCACAGCCUGAUGUUUAGGUGGAUUUUUUAAAUUGUAAUUUGAAUCCAUUGGUUUGUGUUCUAGUGUCCAGAGCAGCAGAAAACAGGCUUUCUCCAUCUUCUCCUUGAAAUCAUUUCAGUUAUUUAAAGAUAGCUAUCAUGUUUCAAUCUUCUCUUCUUUUUUCCAUACUGAAUAUUUCUGGACACUUCCCUUCUCUAAUUGCGGUGCCCAGAACGAGACACAAUAUUCCUCCAAGAGAAAUCCAAGCAACAUCAAGAAGUCUCUCGAUCUGGAAAUUACACUUUGGUUAAACCAGCCUAGAAUUGCAUUGGACUUUUGGCUGAUGAAUCAUUCUUAACAGCAACAACAUUUCUAUCGAUGUAUAUUGCACGAAGGUUCCUCAUGCAGCAGUGUCAGUGAAAUGGUCCCAGUUAGUACCUGCCUUUGUUUCACAUGGAAUUAAUGAAUAGUAAGCCUCAGACUCACUGUUAAAAUCAUUAACUCCAACAAAGUUAUGGAUUUAGUAGAUUUGAUCAGCAAAAUACAUUGUCUAAUGUCUAUAAAUUACAUUAUAUCAGGCAUGGGCAAACUUGGGCCCUCCUGGUGUUUUGGACUUCAACUCCCA